AUGGCCAUUCCCUCCACCCAGACAGCCGCGGUGCUUCCUCCGGCCGGUGCAACGGCAAGUGCAAGCCUACAAAUCAGACAUGACCACCCCGUACCUUCGCCCGCAGAAGGAGAACUGCUUGUCAAGUUGGAAUACUCGGGAUUGUGUCACUCGGAUGUGCACAGCGUUCGCGGGGAAACGCCAAUGUUGACCGACGUGGCGGGGCAUGAGGGGGUGGGGAAAGUGGUCGAAGUUGGGUCCGGUCUCAACAAACAGGACUGGAUUGGUAAGAGAGUUGGCAUCAGAUGGCUUUACAGCUCUUGUUUGAACUGCGAGAUUUGCGCCAUCAACAAUACGGCAUGUCCGUAUCAGAAGAAUGCCGGGGCUAAUGUGCCCGGCACUUUCCAGCAAUAUCUCGUUAGUCCGGCAGUUCAUGUGACAAAGAUUCCCUCCCAGCUGGAACCAGAUGUGGCUGCUCCGCUUCUAUGCGCGGGUAUUGCCAUGUACUCAUCAAUCAUGAAGACCAAAACUCGCCCGGGUGACUGGCUCGUUCUUCCCGGAGCUGGAGGAGGCCUAGGGCAUAUGGGAAUCCAGAUUGCCGCCAAGAAAGGACUCAAAGUGAUUGCAGUGGACAGCGGAGAGAAAAAGAAGCAACUCUGUCUUUCGUUAGGGGCAGCGAGCUUUCUGGACUACAAAGUGGACGAUAUCGAGGCGGAGGUGAAGAAGCUCACCUCGGGCUUGGGUGCCCAUGCUGUCAUUUGUACCGCAAACAGCGAACCGGCCUAUAUCCAGAGUAUGCGGCUGCUUCGUCGUCUGGGGGUUCUUGUCUGCGUCGGUAUACCCAGCGUGCCAUUCCGACUCCCUGCAACGCCAUUUGAUAUGAUUGUCAAGGGUCUGACGAUCAUUGGAAACUCCGCGGGUACAGCGAAAGAAAUGGACGAAUUGAUGGAAAUGGCUGUAGCCGGGGACGUGACCGCGCAUAUUGAAUGUUUCGAAUUCGACAAAAUCGACGAGGUAUUGCAGCGCCUGGGGCGCUCUGAGAUUGAGGGUCGAGCGGUGGUGAAGAUCCCCUAG